AAAAAACAUUCAGUUUCUCCGUGAAAGAUUAGUUUCUUCUCUAAAGGAUUACAAUGGCAAUCAAUCUGCAGGAUCUCAAGUUCACUCAUCAGUUUCAAGAUUUGGCUUCGCUGCUUCAAGAGUCUCGGACCAGAUGGCUCACGGACGUCGAGCUGGAGAUUCUUUACCAGCAGAAUAAGCGUGAUCCUUCUAGUCUUCCCAUCUCUGAAGCAGAUCCUCCAUUGAGAACGGAAGGAAUAUAUAUUAUCCAAACACGAGCUUUCAAGGACAAAAAUGUGUGGGAUCCUGUUAAUGGUCCAAGAAACACACAGUCUACACAUAUCUUUCACAAUCUCCCAGGCUAUACAACUACAGUGGCUUCAAAAGAAUACACGAAUGUAUCUUUUGUUCGAAGAAACCAGAGAUGCUCAGGAUCGUAUAAGGAUCUUGCUAUUGUCCACUAUCGAUGGGUGGAGAAAGUCAAUGAUGAAAAAGAAGUUGACAAUGAAGAGCCAAAGAGCGAAUCCAAAUUGCUGGAGGGGCCCGCGAAACAGGGAGCAAGAUUGGCUCAAGAAUGGCGAGAAGAGGAGGCAAGAAGGACACUACACUUGUCAAAUCUUUGCUUUAACGUGUCAGAAAAUGAUAUAGCAAAGUUCUUUGAUGGAGUUGGUCACAUACGUGACAUUCGGAUGACUAUGCGCAAAGAUGGAAUAUUCAAAAGUUAUGCCUUUGUUGAAUUUGACUCGGCUGAAUCAGCUCAGGAUGCAAUGAAGCUGCACCAUAAGCCGAUGCUGAAUCGUCCAGUUCAUCUUGCCCGUGCCUAUCCGAGAGGUCCUAGCGCUGGUGUUCAUUACUGACAAUCCGUGUGGACGUGGGGUGAAGCAUAUACUAACUUUUACUAACUUGGUUUAAGAUAUAAUAAGUUGCAUAAUAUUUGAGAUUUUGUAUUGAAAACUGUGUGUUGUCCAAAAAUAUAUAUACAUAUUGAAAAAUGUGUGUUAUUGUGUUUACUCCAGUAAAGUUUAUUAUCUAUUUGUUUUACUAUAACAUUUGUGAUAAAUACAUAAUAUCUUUUGC